UAAUGUUUUGAAUCGUGCGGGCUAACAAGCAUCACGGAUCCUGUACAACCACUGCACUGACCAGCCUCCCCCUGACACAUUUGGGGAAAACCUUGAGCUUCAUGUCUCCAUAAUUUCUGUCGCAGGUCGAGGCUGCUGCUGCUGCUCACUGUGGUUGCCGUCUCUAUCUGCUGAACUCCAGCUCUGUGCGUGUUUCCUCUGCUGCAAAACAGGACAAAGCCAUGGACCUCCACAAAAUCAUCCACAGUGCGCUGCAUGAGUUCAUUCAGACUUACAUCCCUGACGCAGAUCUCAGCACACUGGAUGAUGUUCUUCUGUCUUACAUCACUGGAGUCCUGGAGGAUCUUGGCUCCCAGCAGAGUGUUGAGGAGAACUUUGAUGUGGAGGUCUUUGCAGAGAUGCUAGAAGCUUACAUACCUGGCUUUGCCGAGAUUGACAGUGUCAAAAUCUGUGAGAUGAUGUUCAGUCUGGCUUCGAAGCUAGCCACUGCUCGGACCUCAGCUGAUGAAGAAAAUAGUGUGCCUAAGGCAAGGACAGACGAGGUCUCAUUGAAACUCACCACCCUGCCCAGUGAGCCACCACCAGGAAGAGAAACACAGUGCCUUAAAACACAGACAGAGGGCGCCACCGCCAAGCCACCAGUGUCUGAGUGGGAGGCUCAGGAGCAGCACCUGCUGGAGAUGUUUCCCAAGUGCAGUCUGUCUGAGGCUCGCAGCGCCCUGUCUAUUGCCAAAGGAGACAUGGAGGAAGCUGUGCGCCUUAUCAUAGAGGGUGAUGUCCAGCUCAGCCCCACUCCUCUAAAUGUAAACCAUGGGAAGAGUAUUUCCUCGCUGGCAGACCAGAAACUCAAAGAGAGCAUCCUUGAGAAGUACAUGCUAGUGGACAGGGAGGAAGAUAACAAAACACACCGGCCAGUCGCCCCCAAAGAUGCUCCAAAGAAGCUAGUUCGGUACCAUAGUAACCAGGUUGUAACCACGAAGGGAGAACGAUAUCAGCUCGUGAAGAAAAACGAGACGGAGGACAUGAAGAAGACGUAUGUCAACCUCAAGCCUGCGCGAAAGUACAGAUUCCAUUGAUGACGAGUGCAACACUGUAAGAGCAGCGAAUGACAAUGUUGUUUACACAGAUUUUAAUUUAUUAUGUUUAUUUAGCCGGAAUUUGUUAGAUUUUUCCCAAACAAUGGAAGACGUUUGCUAGCGUGUCAGUGGCUUAUUUUGAACAACCAUUAUAUGCCUUGGUUAAAACAUUAAAUUACAGUGUUUCGAUUGCGUUACCGUUUACUUGAGGAGCUUUUGAAAUUAUGUGAUAUUUUGGUCAGGACAUUGUAACUUGUGUUCUUGUUGGUGUAACAGCCUAACCUAACUACUUUUGGCCAUCUCAGCCGGUCUGAUCUUGCACUGACAGUAUUGGUUUUUUUUGCAUUUUAAUUUUCUUAUGUUUUUUUUUUUAAGGUGUAUUUUCUUUAACCCAGUAGAAUAUAGAUUCAUAAUUAUGAUAUGACAUUGCAAGUGGAUCUAUAUUCAAUUCUGUAAAUAAGUUCUAGUGGUGCUGUAGAGUUUCUUCUGGAAAUUACAAGUCUCAAAUGCUUUUUUUUUUUUUAAUGUACAUACACCGAUUAGCCAAAACAUUUAAACCUCCUCAAAUCUUUAUGCUUAUACUUUUUUCUGCUUGUAACCCAUCAAAUUCAAGAACUGUUCACUUGCUGCCUAAUAUAUCCCACUCCUUGACAGGUGCCAUCGCAACAAGGUGUCGCCAACGUCACCUUUUAGUGGUUUCAAUGUUGUGGCUGAUCGGUUAUUUCAACGACACCUAUUUCAUUAAUAGUUAGAUUUUUAUAUCAUACAGGAUUACAAUGCUGUGAAACAUUUGUUCCAAGCCUUGUGUUUUGGAACAAUUUGUUGAGCUACACAACUGGUAUAUAAUUGCAAAAUUGAAAAACAUAACCUUGGCUUAAAGUCCUAUUUGACAGCUUGUCUUUAUGACAUGCGAGUCAUCAGCAGCCUAAGAUUAAAUAUUUAUCAGUAAUUCAACUAAGCCCUGGCAGAAUAAGAUGUGCACUUAUUUUUCACAUCUUGAAUAUAUAUAUAUUUUUAGUCACCUGAAAUAGAAAACACAAUCAUGAUCAGUGAAUUGUUUAAUUUUAUAGUACAUAUAAUUCAUUUUUCCCAAAGGUGUACCAACUUUUACAGCAAUGUAAUUUCAGACAUAAUGAAGUGGAGGACUAUGGUUGCCCCUCUCAAAAAAAAAGAAAUAAUGUUGAGUGAAAUAUGCUGCUGGAGGACUUCAUGUUAAAGUUCAUUCCAACAGUAGUAUCUUUAUUUUUGAUAUAGAUGUUUAGAUUUGCAAAGUCUCCAAUUAUGUAUUUGUGAAAGCAGAAGGUUGUGUUCUUUCAGGGUCUGUUUACAUAUUUACCGGAGUAGUUCUGUAUCACGGCUCCUCUCAUCUCAUUUGUGUUCUGUGAACUUUGCUUCGCUUGUAAUUGUUGGUUGUGGAACUUUUGAUUAUGAUUGGAUUCUUAUUUCCUGUUAGUUGUAUAUUAGGAUAAAUGGAUUGGUGAGAUUUUUCCUUUACUCAGAUAUAUUGUUGUGUUCCUCUCUGCAUCCGUUAGGAGCAACUAUAAGCAAUUGUUUUAAACUGGUAGUAUAAUAUUGUUUUUGCUGAGUGUAGUGUAACACAUUUGAGUGUUGAAAAGAUGCAUUGUUACUGAUAGUUGUCAUUAUCAGCAGCAAUGUUAUCUUUAAUUAGUAUACGAUGGUGGUACAGUAGAGCAUGGAGAGGAUUUCUUGAUGAUGUUUAGUCACAACUGAGUUGUAACCCCUCGCUUUGAGAAACUGCUAACGCACAAUUUAUAGUAAAUACUAAUUUUUGUAGACUACAA